AUUACAAAUUCAGAUAUUCAGCCAUGUUCUGUAACCUUCGAGGAAAGGAGACCUUCUGGCCUAUUCAGUAAUGGUAAGAAGUGAGACUUGUAUUGUUUUUAGAUUAGCUAAAGGUGUGAGAACGCUAAGGAAUUAAAAAAUAGCAAUAGGCACAAAACCUGGCAGAUUUUCUCUUACUUACGAAAGAUCCAUCGACGGCGCGAAAAUUGAAGUCUUUGUUUAUUAUUUAAAAGUAGAUAAAAGCGCAAGAAAUUUAAUCUUCUCUGUGUGUGGAGAGAGAAUCAUUACGUCCACAGGCCGCUAAUGCUACAAGUUAAUGGACUAUUUGAACAAAGAACUAACAGGUGAUUCUCCUGAGAUAUUUCUUCUCAUAAAGCUACAUAAAGCACUCUUUUAUGGCGGAACCUUUGUUAUUACCUCUCGGCACACUUUCAGUUGAUGACGGUAAGCACUUUCUUUCCUGUGCUUAAAGCUCUGAAAGAUCUGCCUGGAUAAAUAAAUCAAAAACCGUCACCGACUUCAUGGCCAGAUAACUUGGAAAUUGUCUUCCUUUUUAAUUAAAAAUAUUGACCAGUUUGUUCAGCUGGAUAGUAAUGGGAAAGGCAACACUGACAGGCUGACAAAUUUAAAGUGGAUCCUUGUCGCUACUGCUUUUGCUUUAUUUAAGGAGUACAGGAAAAAAUCUGAAUAAAAAUAGAUGUUUAAAAGUCUAAAUCAAACAUAAGUAGAUAGGGAAAAUAAUGAAGCUGUCAACAGUGAAUGAUGUUAUUAUUAAAAAUUGUGUCCAGGGAAGGAAGUUUACUUUUUUCCAGGCAAAGGAAAAAUUUCCUAUUUCGUUUGAUCUUUGUCACUCUAUCUUAAAUCUGAUGGUCAAUAUUUUGCUGCAUUUCAUUUUGCCUUUGUAAAGCAUGAAUGAGAUUUCCCCAUAAUGUUUCUUAACCAGUAAGGUUUUCAUGGCAACUAAUGGACCCAUUUAUGUGUUGUCCUGUCAAUAUAUUUGUCCACCUUAAAUUUCCUCUUUGUCUUAUACAAAAAUUGAGAUUUCAAGACCAUUUAGGGUUGCUGGGAAUUUUUUAUUAGGACAGUCUUAAGGUGUGAGAAAAAUCUGAAUCGCUCAAUUUUAUUGAAAAGUUUUUCAACAAGAAAUAUUUUUGUUUUGCAAGGAGGAAGUUUGAAAUCUCAAUUAUCCUUUUUCCAGCAAUUUAUCAUCUUAACCAGGAAAUGCUAGAUUUCAUUAUCAGUAAAAACAUUAUUUCCUUCCAUAACAAGUUUUUUAUUGUUGAUCAUUAUACCAUCUAAUGCACCCCAUAUGUGGUAUUUUGAAAGUUACAUUAACUUCGUGGUUUCUCAUUGGAAGUUAUUAUAUAGGGUUUUACUUUUUUUAAUACAAGAGAGCUGACUUUUAUCUUUGAAACAACUCAUUAUAUGCCAUUUCUAAUUAAGCUUUCAACUUACACUAUCUCUUAUGCAGCUGAUAUUUUAAAAUAAUUUCUUGUUUAGCGUAAAAACACAUCUUUAUCAGAAAUGUUUAGUAUAGAGUUACUGAAAGGCUUUCAUGUUUCCUUAUCCAAUGUGAUAAUUUUCAUGGGUUUAUUAAAAUUGCUUUUGCUUGUAAGUCUUCCUUUCAAAGUUUUCUUUUACAGAGAUCUAAACUGAUAUAGAAAUUCUGCAUAAUUCUCUUUAAAAUCUUAAAUGUUAAAAGCUCUCAAGAUGGUAAAUUUCAGGGAGUGAAUGGGAAAAUGGGGAUUACUUUGAUUUGAGAAUCUUACCAAAAUCAUGUUAAUUUUGAUGCAAUGGUUAUGGACAUUAAUGUGUCUAAAUAUUUGUGUUUAGGAAAAGGAAGACAAUUUUAUUGAAGGAGGGGUUUAUACAGAGGUUUUGAAUCAAUUCAAAAGGAAAAUUGUAAAUUUUCAAAAAUUUUUAAGAUCCAGAAAGAGUACAGAAAAUAAAGAUAAAUAUUUGAGAAAAAGGGGAAAAGUGAAGAUAGUUGUUGGGUGACAUCUUUGUUCGGAGGUUGAAUUUGCAUAAAUCACCACCACUUCUAUCAACAUGUUUUACAUUCAUGAUUAUAGGACUUUCAAUCUGUGGCAAACCCUGAGCGACUUAUGGGAACCAUGUGCUAUGAAUCAUACCUUUGAGUCUAGAAAAUAAGAUUUAAUUUACAAGAAAUUCUGGAAGAUUUCACAAAUUCAUAUCAUAAUCAUGUCUACACACCUUGUGUUGGGCUACAGUAUGUGGAAGGAUGACUUUUAAAGAAAAAAAUGUUUCCAAAUUUCUAGAUAACUUUUUUGCAGAAGACAAGUCACAACUGACAAAGUGUGCAAAAAUUAGGGUUAGGAAGACUCAAAUUUGCAAAUUUUACCCUUAAUAGCAAUAGCUAUUUCUAUUCAGCUAGUUAUGCACCCUAAAACUGCACCAAACGUAGAAAUUGAGGAAAGUGUUCUAAAAUUGCUCUUCUUGGGAGAUAUUGUAGCUUCUACUUUAGAACCUUAGACUCCAGUUUAGUAUUAGGUAUACUGUACUACGUUAAUAUAAUGAAUUGAUGACCUUCAUUUUCCAAGUUGAUCCGUUUUUUAUCUCAAAAUAAAAACUUGUUUUAUAUGCUGUUAUUUAGGGAGCAGGAGCAUCAAUUGCCAAUGAGGAAGAAAUAAGAGAAUUGGAAUCAAAUUCCAACUGUAUGUAUAUGGGAGUAGGGUAGGAUUUGGGUUCAAAGUAAUGCCUAACGGUUAAGGAAUAAGUUUUUUAUUAAUACAAAAUGCAAGUGUUUGUUGUAAUUUGGAAAACUAGGAACAUUAUUUUAAAGAUAAUUUUAAUGGAGUUGUAAAUCAAACAUCAAUCAAACUAUUUUUGUCAGUGAACAAAAAUGUGCAGAAUAAAUUCCAGGAAAUUGGGCUGUUGUUGGAAGGUUGUUACUAUUUAACUCUUGACUCUCAAGAUCUGCUCAGUAGUUUCCCCAGUAGAUGCCAUAUAUUUCCUUAUAAAUUGGAUUGCAAGAAUUUGGCAUCAUAUCAAGAUCACACCUUGUAACUAAUAAGCCUGUCUGUUUUUAUCUCCUUUUUUUUCUGGGUGAUGUUUUGAAAUCGCAAGUACAAGAUUUAUUUCAACCACUUAUUCCCAGGUUUGAACCAUGUACUGCAUUUCAUUUCUUUUAGAUAGUAAUUUCUUUUCUCCUAGUUACUACUAAAGAGAUUCCAAAGCUGCUGAAGAGGUUUUCCCGUUAUGAUCCUGAAGGGAAAAAUGGUGGUAUAACCCUGAAACAGUUCUUAGAUAUACCAGAAAUAUCUACAAAUCCAGUCAUGCCCAAAGUGGCCUCUGCAUAUCUUGAAAGGAGAACCAACAGGAUAACACCUAAAUCAUUCAUCAAAAUUAUGUCCAGACUCAGUCAUCGCAAUUCUAUUCAGGACAAAAAAGAAUGUGAGUCACAAUUUACCUCAGUUUUAUUGGUAGAGCUAGCAGUAUGGAUUAGUCAAUGUCAUUAAUUUCCAAGAUGAUGUUUUUAUGAUAUUGGCAAAGCUGGUUUGGUCAAGAGGGCUGAAUGUUGGCAGAAUUCCUUUUAAUUGUCUUUAUGCACCGGGAAAAUACAAUCUUGACUCAACAAGUGUGGUCAACAAUUUAUUAUUAUAAGCAUUAAGUUAUUAAGUAUGUACUCUGGCAUAUACAAGGAUUUUUUUCUGUAGGAUCAUAGAAGGCAAUGGGAAGCAUGUACUAUGUUCCCAUCUUGUUUGCUUUGACAACCAGUCAGAACUCAAGAUUGGCUUCAUCUUGAUCACAAGGGGAAGUCAGCCAUAUGAUAACUGUGUAGUAGGCCCUUGAAAAAUCGAAAAUAAGAAAUGAUAACUCAAAUCAAAAUAAGGUGCAAGGGUUUUACUCUUUUUCUCUAGACCCAAGAGUGACUAGUAUGUAAAUUACUCCCUUGAUCUCUUAACACUGUAGAGUGGGUAGAAAGGGUAAAAAGAAAAUAACCACAAAAAAAAAGUAUGGACACAGGACGGGAAGUAAGUUUGAAGAUCUUGAGAGGCAAAGGAUUAAAUGGAUUUAUACAUUCCAUAGCCCUCCCUUCCCUUUAGUGCGAUUUGGAGGUGACCUUGUGUAAAUAUGGUAAAGAGUAAUUCUCAGUGGCUGAGGUAAUGUCUCAGAUAUGAAGUCUCAAUCAUAGGGUUUGCUGUGGGUGUUCAUGUCAUUCCAGAAAAUUUUCAGCUUCCCCUGAGCAAUUAAAAUUAUGUGUGGUAUAGUAGACUUAGGCAUCUGGACCUGUUCAUUUUUUAUUUUUCUUGUAGUUGCAUUCCAGUUACUGGACACUGAUCAAGAUGGAUACUUGUCAUACAGUGAACUGUUCAGCUUGCUUAGAAUGGUAACUGGUCCUCUUAUCACAGACGAUCACUUGUUAGGAAUGAUAUCAAGUAUUUUAAACAGGAGUGAAUUGCAGCAGACUACAAGAUUGACGUUUGAUGAAUUUACAAAUGUAAGUCAAACACAGAUGCAAAGGGUGGGUUAUUUAAACAAAGUUUAGCCAUGGUUUAACAAUACCUUGUUCUAAGCCAUCUUCAAUUUAUCAAACCUUUUAUCUGAACAAUGUCUAGAGGGCUGAAAGCUAAUUAUGGAAGCAAAUUUGUUUAAUCAAACCCUUGAGGCCCACUGCUUGUGUAAAACUGCAGUUUGUAUUAAACCUUUCAUAAAUAACCAGCCCAAAGUGUUCAUUUUCAUUAGGGCUGGGUCUAUUGUUCAUCAAGGGGACUUAAAUUACAAGUGCUUAUCCCAGUUUCCAAGGUGCCAUACCCCUUCAACUCUUAACCCUUCAACUCCCAAGAUUUUAUUGUUACUUUUUCCCUCUAGCUGCUACACAUUUCCUUGUAAAUCAGCUACAAGAAUUUGGUGUUAGAUCAGGAUAAUAACUUUUACCCAAUAAGUCUGAAUAUUCUCAUUACCUGUUUGCUGGUUAUAUGUAUGGAAAUUUUAUGGAGAAGUUUAAUUUUAAUCACUUCAGGGAGUUUAAGGGUUAAGAGUAACUAGCGCCUUAUUCCCUCAACAGCAUCACCCAUGAAACAAACAUUUAGGAGAUGAUGAAAAAAAAAGGAAUUGAUUUCAAACUUAAGAAGCUCUUGAUUAUUAAACAACUUCUCCUAGCCACUACCAUAGGGCAUUUAUGUAGAUUAGUAUGUAGAAUAUGUAUACAGAUGUUACAGUGUUAGGGGGUUGAGUGUACUGCUACUCCUUCUGAUGAAAGAAUUGAAGACUUGACAGUAAGCAAGACCUUUGUCGGAAAUCAUAAAUAAUUUUAUAAUUUACGACAACAAAAACAGAAUGAGAACUCAAAAAUGUGAAAUGAUACAAACUCAGACUGGAAAGUUAACGGAAGUGUGGAAAACUGAUUUGGAACAUGAAAAUAUUUUUCAUAACGCAAUUAUGUUAACUACAACAAUUAAAGCAACCAUAUUGAAAAGAGUAACGCCAAAAAGCCAACAGCGGGGUAAUUGGAGUGGCCAGUAUGCGUAAUACUGUUUGCAAACUGAUUAAAAAGAGGCAAAAGGCCAGACAUUUGGGUUCAACACAUGUCGAUGCUACCAAGGAAACUUGAAUAAGCACUGGCAAUCAUGGAGCCUUUGAUACAAAAACAAAGUAAAAUAAGAACUAGGCGAUGAUAAACAUCGCACAAACGCGGACUCAAAGGUCUAAUGAGGAGUAAUGAAGCGUGAUGAGGCGAUAUGAAAAUGUUUUAAGACAUCUGUCAUAACGCAAAGAUACUCCAUAUCAACAGUUUACUAGGAGAAAUAUUUAAGAACUCAUUAGAAAUUAUGAAAAAACCUGACACAAUGCAACGAUGUUACGAACUCCUAAUGAACGUUUUAAGAAAGUGUGACGAAGUGAUUUGAAACAGUAUAAAAAGAUCUGUCAUAAAAAGAACAACGUUACGAACUGCAAAUCAACUGAAUGUGUAAAAGAUUGAGUGUUAAAAGGUGAUUUGAAAACGAUAUGUAAACAUCUGUUGCAACACAACAGUGCUAAAAACUCCAAAUCGACUUUGAAAAAGGCGUUAAGACGUGAUUUCAAACUAAUAUACAAACAUCUGCCAUAAGAAAACAGUGUUAUAAACUACAAAUGACCGUUUUAGAAAGUGCUUUGAAGUGACUUGAAAGUGAUGUGUGCACAUCUGUCAGAAACUAACGAAACAAUGCUACGAACUGCUCAUCAAUGUCUAAAAAUUGAUUUAAAUUUAUCGCCAAUAUGAAAACGUCUGUCUCAACGAUGGUACAAUUUUCGACCAAACUGUUUGAUACACGAAGAAAGGGGGGAACUUCCUAAGGAAAUUGUGGUACUGCGUCGGUUAGGGUAAAACAAGAUAAUUUGGUUUACUAAUUGAGCAAAUAAAUAGAUGUAAAUCGGCCACUGUAAAGAGUUUCUGAAGCUGACGUUUCGAGACUUGACACUCCGACAGAGCAAAUGGCGAGGCAAAUGUCAGCUUUAGAAACUCUCUAUGGUGGCCAAUUUUCAGUCGAUAAAACCAAAUUAUAUUGUUUCUUACACGCUUAACAUCGUUGCUUAGGGAUACCAGAAGGUACGGCUUACAAAAUUUUGGGAGAAAGUUUCAAGAUUCAACCUUUAUUUGAUCUUAGUUUGUUUUUGUUGUUGUUCAUUUAUUUAUGUUGCAAACUUGGACCAAACUGUUUAAGAAAGUGUUAAAACUGAUUUGAAACUGAAUGAAAACAUCUGUCAUAGCGAAGUGAUGAUACAAACUCCGUGUCAACGGUUUAAGAAAGGGUGAAGAUAAUGAUUUGAAGAUUGAAACAUCUGUUAAAGCGUAACUAUGUUACUGUGCCUUAACAACGCUAUCAAGUAGUAAGAGUUUGAAAACAGGUUAUGACUUAAAGAACAGCCCUAAUAAGUUAGUAAUAAGGGAGAAGGGGCACGUCGGUCAGUUUUUGCUGGAAAUGUGCCGCUGGCCUCUUAGAAACCCUACCACAUUGAAGUCUAUACUUUGGCCAAUUAUAGACCCCAUCUUUGUCACUUUUUUGUGAGAAGGUGACUAACUUUUAAUCGCGAAUCUUACCAUUACUUAACCAGAUUUCUAAUCCCCAAAAUCUCGAAAAUGAGCGACCCCUUACCAUUAGCUCUAUUGAAAAUGUAACCUCAUUAUAGUCAAUCUGGUCGUGAAAGUGCGAACUCAUCCAGCAGCACAUCCCCGUUAGCUUAUCACUAGGCACCAACUCCCCUCAUAUGGUAAUAAGGUAUGUGAGUAAGUACAGCCUGCAUAGCGUAAUAACUAUGCUGAUGCAACUGUUAUGCAGAUUUUUUCUUUCAGAAAAUGAAUAGGUUUCUUUAUUUGUGUGCUAGAUUGUCUCUGAGGAGGAAAUAGAAAAUCUAUUCACAGUGGAAUUGCAGCUCCCUUAAUUGAUACAGGGAAAUAUCUUCCAACAAGAACGAGUGAGGUGAAACUAGGAUUCUCUAAACAUUUUGCCAAUGGCAAAGGAAAAGAAAAUGGGCACGCAGUGGAGGAAGGGAAGUUCCUUACGUGGUCGUCACCAGUCGCGUGGUAUUGCAUUCAUUCAGACAGUACACAGGGCCUGAGGAGGAGGCUGCCUUGAGCCGAAUAAGACUAUAGAGUUCCUGUUACUGGUUUCAUGACUGGAUGCGGAUCGAGGUGAUCCCAAAGACCGUCGAUUCCAUGUAAAAUUCUCAAUCGACCAUCGACAACUCAACCGUCUAAGGAAGUUGGAAAGUGUUCGAAUUGUCGCCACUUUCUCGACCACUCCAGGAGGUCAUUAUACUCCUGACCAAUCAGACUCAAAACUUAAACCAAUUGCUUACUAGCGUUUUUUCGCACUAUUACCGGUAUAUCAAUGUUAGUCUGAAUUAAAACGAGUUGAAAUGAAAGAGAAAAGGGCCUUAUCUUGAAAUUGUAGAUAGUAAGACAAGUAAAACAUUAAAG